AUGUCGGCCCUCCACACGUCGGCGCCCCACUCGGCCCGCUCAUCGCCAGCGUCGACGCCGUUGAACAUGUCGCGCCACACAUCGGCGAGUCCGGCUCCAUCGAGCGCAUCCGCGUCUCAGCAUGGGCAGGAGACGCAGGAGAGCGACAACGACUCGCAGGGCGUGCAGAUGAUCCUGCGAAUCAAGCGCAAGCGCAACCAGGAUCCCGUCGAGGCCCUCAUUAUCAACCAGAACGAGCGCAGGAGCAAACGCAGGUCCAUGGUCUUCCCUGAUACGACGAAUGAAGCGCCAACAUCAUCUCGGCACGGCUCUGCUGAACCGUCGGAAGCAUCGCAGAGCAAGCAGCGCGGUGUGUUUCGGCUGGCAGAGACGGUGUCGUUGCAAUCGUUUUCAGAUCCCAUCGCGGCCCGCAAGCUCCACCAGCGCAUCUCUGCACUGAGCAGAGGCUCUCCAGCCGGCCCAAGCACCAAACCCCUGCAUCCUUCCAAGCUGUCCCAGAGCGUCUCGUCGCCCUCGCUCACCCAGACCAUGCAGCACAGCCUCCGACAAGCCUCUGCAACUUCCACCGCGGUUGCCUCGGACAACAUCGCUGGGGCCUCACGAACGCAGCGCUCCUUGGCCAACUCGGUUCCUUCGCUCCUCAAGUCCGCGGAUGCAUCGACGUCAGCAACGCCGGCCGAAAGGGUCAAAGCGUUGGCGUCCGAGCAGAUCGAUCGCGACAAAGAGCGCCGCUCCCGAAGCAGCACGCCUGUCGGAAUGCGCUUCAGGGUCGUGAUGAAGGAUUCGGCAGGCAAGGGGCUCCGCAGGUCUGGAAGCUCGGCAAGCCUCAGAAAGAUGCGCAGCGGUGCGCUACAGAGCUCGCCAUGGCACACGAGCGCAAGACCGCCAGAGAUUCGAUCCAGGAAGGAGAAAGAAGCCGAAGCCAUCUUUGGCAGGAUCCUCGAUGCCGAAACCGAGUCCAGCGGCCCGGCAGCAUCUUCAUCUGCCCCAAAAGCGCCAAGGGGCAAGCAGAGCAAAGCUGCCCAGCCGGACGCCGAGAUGGAGGGCCUCGACGCCAAGUUUGCCGAGAUGCUGGGUGACUACCUUCGAUCCAACAACAUGGAGCCGGCGCAAGACCUUGAUCAGAUGGUCCAAGGAACUUCACAAGCUGAUGCUGCUGUCCCGGGAAGCAUCGUCCCUUCGCCCGGGCUAGAUGAUGAGGAUGGAGACGAGGAAGACUACGUGUACGACGUCUACUAUCGCGACAUGCUACCCACCAAGGCAGGUCCGCAGGGUUCUGCCGAGACGGGCCUUCAACCGGCCCAGGUCGCAGGACGCGAGAAGGGUGCAUCAGCCGCGUAUGGGGCGGUGCCCGACUCGAUGGCUCUGCCCAGAGUGCUUGGCGGCGAAGUAGUGCCUCCCGAGUCGGCUGCCCCGGCUGUUGCGUUCCCAGGUCUGGACUUUGCCGGUCCCAACGCGGUGAUUGCGCAUCUAGAAGGGUUUGUCGACAGCGACGAUGAGCUGGAGCAGGCCGACGAAGAAGGUUUCGAGAGCUUCGACGAGGGCGAAGACGAGGACAGCAACGACGAAGGUUUCUACAGGAACGACUACCCCGAACAGGAGCUGCCGGACGCAGACGAGGUCGACUUUGACUACGACGAUGACGAUUCUGACCUCGACGAGCACGACCAAUACUCACUGUCGGAUGGAAGCUUCUGA